AUGGCUUGCCCCUCAGUCGACUGUUCUUUUAACAGUAAUUCCAGUCUCGCUCCACCAGCCUUGGAACCAAAUCCCGAUAUCUCAGGCACCGGUGUACUUAUUGGUUUCGUGGGAACGGCUUACAUCACCCUGGGCGCUUUGAUUCUACGAUAUCUGAUUGGAUUACCAGAAGAUACGAGUAUUGAUGACCAGCCGAUAAGCAACCCGGUGGACGAUAGAUUGCUGAAAUUGAUUUGGCGGAAAGUAGGACGACCACCAGAACGCUGGGCUCAACCAUUGAAAAAUUCCGUGCUUGCUUUAAGUGACACUCAAUUGGUCACAGGCUUAUCCAUUCUCGCAAGUGGAUACGCGCAGAUAAAAUGCUGUCUUUCAAUAUUUCAUUGGCAUAUCGUUGUGUUUCUGGCUUGGUUUUCAUCAGCGACUCAUCUGACCACGAUUACAUUUCUACGACGAUAUAUUCACGAUAACCACGGCCUCAGGAAUAUCAGACUAAUUUUGAUGUUCUUUCUGGUUGGCAUGCUUGUGGUGGCCCUGAUACCGACUGGCGGUGACUGCGGACUGUUCUCGGAUAGCGACGCGUUACUGAUGGCAUAUAUUGGACUCAAUAGGACUUCUAAGUUAUACCCAGGAUACCCAGCUAAAUGCUGUUUUGACAGGAUGCACGAUGGCAAGUUCAUUGAGAGCAAAACCACUGAGCAGUUCUUGUCAAUGAUAGCUUCCGAACUUGUUUUGCUGAGUGGAACUAUUGCCAGAGUCAUCAAGAUGCAUCGUGGGCCUUCUAAAUGGUCUCGCCUCUUGCUGCGAGAUAAACCAUCAAGAUUUUCGAAGUCUUUCUUGGCAAGAUUAGAGAAGAGACAUGAGGAAUCAUCUUCAAAGUCAAUACGUGCUGUCUACUCUGUCUUUCAUUGUAGCGGUGUUACUGCGAUCAUAACAGCCCGAGCUGCAUAUGAUUUAGUAGAGUCACUACUGUGGGAGAUAUCUUGGCUCAUAUUCUCUCUUGCUUGGGGCACAAUGCGCUUGUUCACGACCCGCGGGCUCGCUGUUCAAGAUGCAGCUGCGGAGAAAGGGACAAAAGAUCAAGUAGCUCUUUCCGAAAACUUUUGGGGAUUUGGUCAAUGGACUCCCACAUUACUCCUGAUUCUACCGAUCUUAGGCUACAUCGAGGGUUACAUGGACACUGCCAAGAUUACCAGGGACAAGAGCCUUUUGGAAUCUCAGGAAAAUGAAUGUGAGGAAGCCAUGCAGCCAUCCAAUGACAGAUCCAGAGAAAGUUUUAUAGUGGGCACGGGUUCCCAUUCCAUUGAGGGAAGAGUGUCCCAAGAGACGAUGAUACAACUUCACGAAAUGGAUAUAACGUCUAGCAUGAGCUCAGCAAGGAGAACUGGCACAGAUCUCAGUUUAAUGGAGUAUAAUGUUGGAGUGGGAGGUUCUGUCAAUACUACCAACGGAGUCAUCUCAAACCGUCGCUUAACCUCUAAUGAUGACCAACCCCCUCAAAGUCCCCAUGGAUCGUCCGGAGAUUCGAUGCAAACCUUACCCACGAUAUCAAGACCUGGUCUAUGGCCAUCCGAAAGACUCUUCCAACAUGACUUUUAUAGCGAGAAAUGGUUCCAAGAAUUGGUUUUUGCGCUCUAUACAGUCGUAGUAGCAUCCGGUAUACAGCUUAUUGCCUUCGCCGCUGGGGUUGGCCAGACGACUAUUUUCACUUUCCUACAGCUGUUCAUAACAUAUUAUGUUUAG